GCCGAUGCCAGAAGCGGCUUCCGUCCCCGCAGCCGCCUGAGCAGCUCUGUGCUUGCAGAAAGUGGGGGAGGCAGUGAGAAGCAGGAUUGCUGGAAAGCUUCUAGUCCGGAGAUCAUGCUGGAUUUCUGGAAAAUGGACCGGAAUUCUUCACCCCCUUCUAGUGAUACUGAGGACGAGCAGGCUGCAGGGGAUUCCAUUGGGAACACAGUCUACAGCAAGCAUUGGCUGUUCAGUAUCCUUACAAAACUGAUUGAGGUCAUUAGCUCUGAAAAGAGUGAUUCCAACUCGAACCAUGAGGAAGUACAGACAGAGCUAGAUGAAGAAAUGGAGAAUGACAUUUGUAAAAUGUGGGACAUGUCAAUGGACGAGGUAUGUUGCAUUAGUUCUUCCAAGAAUUGCAGUUCUGCCAACUUUCAGACCACUGAAGUUUUGCUGCACCAGAAAAGGCAAGUUAGUUUCUUCAACUGCCUCCAUUUCAUAAACCCCAUCCUUGAGCCAAACGUUACAAAAUGUUAUGCAGCACGCUCUGGUGUAGAUGGAGACAAAAAACUUUCUAUAGAGGGUGAAAUGUAA